UCAGGUACGACUCACUGAGCAAGAGAUAUGUAUUCCUUUGUUUGGUUGGUUAUAGCUCUCGAUGUGUAUUUUCCUUUGGUUUCAUUUUGGACCAUAUAACCUGACUGACUUGCAGGUACCUGCUCAAUAUCACCAGACUGUGAAAUACGGACUCGUGACGCAGCCUAUAUGUCUUUUAUUUGAUACUGGUGAUCCGUCACUUCUACAUGAAAAUCCGAUGGAACGAAGCACAUGUUUUGUACAAAGGGAAUCUGCAUAAGAUUGCUGUCUAGAUCAUUUUAUACCACACGUACACUGCAUGACACAGUGAAACAAUUAAGAGACCUUUUAAUUGAAAACGCUUUUUGUUUCUUUUUAACAUUAACACGUUCCAGAACGGAUGUUGCCUGUUACUUUUAUUGGACCUGGGCAAGAUUAUGUAUGAAUCCUUUUAGCUCGGCUACAAUUGGAUAAAUAAUUUUGAGGAGAGGACUCGACGCCUCAUCUCAAGCUUCAUUUCACAUAUAGCAGGAUCUAAGCAAACCCCUGGAUACCAUUCUCGAUGGCAGAAAGUCAGAAAACCGGAGAGAUGACUGAACCCCUGAGUGAUGACACACCAAGUACAAGCGGUCAAACAUCGAGUCAAACACAUGGAUUCGAUGACGUCAUCAUCAAAGUAGCAAACGCUAUAUCAGACGAUGGCGAUUUAAUGAAACUUGGUAUUGAGCUGGGAGUCCAGAUUCCUGAUAUCAACCGGGCAUUAGAAACGAAUUGGGCUGGAGGUAGAAAGACAAGUAAUGGUAACGUGAUGAUGCUUCAGAACUGGGCAGAGACGGUCAAAUCAUCCAAGCGACUUCCAACUCUAAGAGCUGCUCUAAAAAAAGCGGGCUCGCUAGAGGUGGAAGAGACAUGUUUAACGUCAAGCAGCUGCAGUGGUGACGAUGAGGCGAUGCCAAGUGACAUAAUGAGGUUAAGAGAACAACUGAAACGUAGAUAUCGCAAGAAAUUUGGUCGGAUCAAAACAUCGCCUGUGAACCCGGAGUCACGGACAUGGCUUCAGCACAUCUAUGUCAGUCUCGUCCUGAUGUUGGGAUUGGAAGGGGAAAAGGAGGAGUCAAUAGAUUAUGAUGGGUUGUUUAAAUUCAUCAAAACUGACACACCGACAGGUUUUGUAACACGAUUGGCUUUCAUUGGAGAAGCUGGUGUAGGGAAAUCAACGCUGUUUGCUAAGAUAGCUCUUGAUUGGGCUGAGGGUAAAAUUCUUCAAGAAAUCAAUCUGCUUUUUCUUGAAUCAUUUCGAGAGAUUAAAGAGAGCGGAUUCUUUGGGGAUACUGUCAUGGGCCAUUUCCCAGAUGACUCAGAAAUAAAAGGGGAACGGGUUGAUGACUAUAUCAGAAAAGAUCAGAGAAAAGUCCUUAUUUUAUUGGACGGACUGGACGAAGCACGAAUCGACAUCAAGAAGCCAAAUCGCAAUGACGCUAUCGUAUCGAUCGUAAGAGGAGAACGAUUCAUUGAUACCCCGGUUGUCAUCACAACCCGUCCUUAUGGAGCAGAUCAGAUCAAGAGCAUCAUGCCGAUUAAUGAGCACUACACGUUUGGUAAGGUUAAGGGCUUCACAAAGAAAAACAUGUCAAAAUAUAUCAAAAACUUUUUCAAAGAUGAUUCUCAGUCUGCUUCGACCCUCAUUAACUUCAUUGAUACAAACCAAGUGGUUUCCGAGUACAUGGCACCUUUCCCGAUAUUCUGCUGUAUGCUAUGUACCCUGUGGAAAACGCCUUCUGGGCAGGAAAACAUUCAGAUAAUGGAAACAUUCUCGCAACUAUUGAAGCGUCUUGUCUUUUCACUUCAAGAGCAAUACUCUUCCAAACCUAAUGAAUUAGAAGAGGGCUAUGGAAGCCGCAUGAAGAAAGCUAGUAAAAGCAUGAGAGAUAUUGGUUGUAUCGCAUUCAAAGGUCUGUUGGUUAAACAGCUCAUCUUCGAUGAAAAGGCGCUCGACUCGUGUACAGAGGCUGCAAUGAUUGCAUGCGAGGUCGGGAUUCUUAGCAUGGAAAUAAGGCCAGCACCCUUGCAAAUCAGAGAAAGUCAGCAAGAGCAAUUCAUCCAAGAAUUCUCUUUCCCUCAUAAGUUACUGCAGGAGUACAUAGCGAGUUUCUACCUUGCAUCACUGUUCCACGAAGAUCAUCAAGAAUUCAACAGAAUCCUGGCAGAAACUCUUUUAGAAGACUACAAGGAAUUCAGAUAUGUCUUGUACUUCACUGCAGCUCAUGGAGGUGAAGUAGGAAAGUCGGUCCUAGAAGCUCUAUGCAAGAAAGUUGAUGACAUACAAUACAUCAUUGAGGUUGCUUUUGAAUGUCAUGAUUCAGAAGCCAUUGAUCCUGUCAGGAAUCUUUUGAAGACAAAGACAGGUCUUAUGUUAAAUCAUCCAAUCGCCGCAUAUGUUUUCACACUGGAGUCAAUAGGGAAAGAAGUAGUAAGAAGAAGUCCUACGAUUCGUGAAACAUUGGGUGUUAGCGAGUCCUUUGAAGCUAACGCAUCAUUGUCACAUGUAGCAGCAGCAGUAGGUCUCUUCACAUUACAGAACUUACGAUGCUUGACCACUGGAUUCCAGCAUCUGGAUGAUGAAUUCUACACAGGAAUGUCAGCUGCAGCUUCACAGUCCAAGAUUGAGGACCUAAUGCACGUCAACGCAGAUCUGAGAUCUGCUGCAUCUCAUUUCGCGAGAGGUCUCUGCUCUAUGCCUAAUCUUCGAUCACUGAAGCUGUACCAUGGGAAGCUGAGUGAUGAGUUCUACUCAACGUUGGCCUCUGAGGCAUCAAAAUCAAAGAUUGAGGAGCUAGAGCAUUUGGAUUCAGUUGUGGGUUCUGCUGCAUCCUCUCACUACGCGAGAGGUCUCUGCUCCAUGCCUAAUCUUCGAUCACUGAAGCUGUACAGUUUGACGCUGAGUGAUGAGUUCUACUCAACGUUGGCCUCUGAGGCAUCACAAUCAAAGAUUGAGGAGCUAGAGCAUUGUGAAUCGGUUUUUGGUUCUGCUGCAUCCUCUCACUACGCGAGAGGUCUCUGCUCCAUGCCUAAUCUUCGAUCACUGAUCCUGGACAGUUUGAAGCUGAGUGAUGACUUCUGCUCAACAAUGGCCUCUGAGGCAUCAAAAUCAAAGGUAUACCAAACACGAUUUUUAUUGUAAACAAUUUUUUUCCCCAAAUAGCUGUGUAUUUGUAACUCAACUUAUGGGGUCACUGUUUUUUCAUAUUUUUUAAAAAUAAAUCUUUUAUUAUUUGCAUCCGCUACAAAGUAGCCGGACGCAUUAUGCUUUUGGAUUGUCUGUUCGCCUGUCCCUACAUCCCGUUCUCGUUAUCUCAAGAACCGAUGGAUUGAAUCCCGAUAAACUUAGGUCAUUUCUGUAUCUUGUGCUUGCAAAGCCAAUAAACUGAUUAGAUUUUGGGGUCGAAGGUCACAGGGCUCAUUAUGUAUGCAAAAAUAGCUCGUGGUCGCGUUAUCUCAACACUAAUUGAUGGAUCCCACCAAACUUAAGUCAUGUAUGUAUCUUGCGAAGCCAAUGAACUGAUUAGAUGUUGGGGUCAUAAGUUCAAAGCUCAAAGGCCAUGGGGCUCAUUAUGUAUGCAAAAUUAGCUUGUGAACCUAAUAUCAUUAGAACCGACGGAUGGAUUACUAUCAAAUUCAGGACAUGUAUGUAUCUGGCAGAGCCAAUAAACUGAUCA